CCUAAAAAUUUGAAAUUUGUAUUUGUAUUAAUAUCAAUGACAAUUUUAGAAUUAACGUUAGCCAUUAUUAAACCUCACAUCGUAAAAAACCCAGUUUUUCUCGAUGCGGUUAGAAACGUGAUUUUGAAUUCCGAUUUCAAAAUCGUGAAAUCCAAACGGAAACGAAUUUCAUUGGAUGAGGCAACUCACUUUUAUGAGGAACAUAAACACAAGUUUUUUUACAAUAGACUAGUAACAUUUAUGACUAGCGGACCCUCAGAUUUGUAUGUACUAGCAAAAGAAAAUGCUAUUAGGGACUGGAGGUCGUUAAUGGGGCCCACUAAAAGUUUUAAGGCUCAAUAUGAAGCUCCUAAUACAUUGAGAGGUAGAUUUGGUCUGUCAGAUACAAGAAAUGCAACUCAUGGAUCUGAUUCACCAGAAUCUGCACGAAGAGAAAUUCAAAUAUUUUUUCCAGACUUCAAUGUUGAUGAAUGGUAUAGGACUGCAGAACAAAAGUUCCGAUCAAACCUAAUAAUAUUUUCAAAAGAAGAGUUUAUCCACAAAAUUGUUGAUACUUAGCCUAAGAUACAGGAGACACUGGUUUUUCUGGAACCAAAAUGAGCAGGAAUAUUUUCAAUAUAUUUUUGAAACGCCUUUAUCAAGAUUACAACAGUUCUGCAUAAAUGUAUUGAGAUGCGGACCAGUUCCGAGGCAUGUUGCAUUUAUAAUGGAUGGCAAUCGAAGAUAUGCGAAGAAGGUUCAUCUGGAGAAAGUGGAGGGUCA